CCCCUCGUUGAGAAUAUUUUUGUCCGCGUAUUUGUUCCUACGAGGGGAGAAGGUGAACGCCCCCUCCAUUUAAGCCGCCUCCUCUCCUCUCGUCAUCCGACACUGGGGGCUCCAAGCAAGCAGCCCAGCAACCAUAGAACCUCGACGACCUCCGUCGGUAUCCACAUUACACUCGCCAUCCCCAAAUCUCUUCUGUUCUCUUCCCGUCUCUGGCCUCAUCCUAAAACAUCUCGUGCUCUGUAAGGAUGAAUUGAGUGGUCUGAUUCCUUCGAGAAUGCCAGUCUCCGUCUACCAGGGCUUCCCAUCCUCCUCCUCGGUCUCCUUUGUCUUCCUUGGCCGCUCCAUCCGAAGCAUCCGCGCCGAUUCUGUUCACCGCAUGAACGCCCACCACCACAUGGCCACCGCCGAGCAACAGGAGCUGUGCGCCUUCCAGCGCUGCGUCGCAGACCACUUCUUGGACCUCUCUGCCGUCGGUGCCGACGGCCUUUUGUCACUCUCCUGGGUCCGCAAGCUCCUUCACGCCUUCCUCGUGUGCCACGAGGAGUUCCGGGCGCUUCUCGUCGACCGCUGGGCGCUCAUUGCCUUGCCACCCCUCGAACACCUCAUCGCCGACUUCUCCGACCGGGCCGUCAAGGCCCUCGACAUCUGCAAUGCCGUCCGCGACGGUGUCAACCAGCUCCGCCGCUUGCUGGCCCAACUUGAGAUCGUGGUCGCAGCGCUCGGCCCUGCCGCCGCCUCCACGUCCCGCCGCAGAAUCGGCGAGGGCCAGCUCCGCCGCUCCCGCAAGGCCCUCGGUGAAGUUGCCGUCGUGCUCGACGACAAGGACGCCAGCUCAAUCCUCUCCCACAGCAACCGCUCCUUCGGCCGCAGCGGCAACGCCGACCCCUUUCCCUCGCCGAGCGGCGGCCGUCGCUCCUCCCACUUCCGCUCCACCUCCUCUACCGUGUCCCGCUCGUGGUCAGCCGCGCGGCAGCUGCAGGCCAUCGGAAGCAACACGACCGCACCUCGAGGCCACGAGGUCGACGCCAGCGCCGGUCUUGCGGUGCCCAUUUACACGAUGACCGCUGUGCUCCUGUUUUCGAUGCACUCCCUGGUGGCUGCGAUCCCUUGCCGGGACCGCGGCCUCCAGGCCCACUUCUCCGUCCCGCGCACGUUUCCGUGGUCAGCGCCCAUCGUAUCUCUCCACAUGCGGAUCAUGGAGGAGUCGAAGAAGAAGGAUCGGAGGAACUCAGCCGGGCUGCUGAAGGAGAUCCAACAGAUCGAAAGGUGUACGCACCAAUUGAGCGAGCUGCUAGACACCAUUCAGCUCCCGAUGUCAGAGGAGGAGGAGAAAGAGGUGAGGCAAAGGGUGGAGGAGUUAUCAGAGGUCUGCGAUGCCUUGAAGGAUGGGCUUGAUCCGUUGGAACGUCAGGUCAGGGAGGUCUUCCUCCGGAUCGUGCGCAGCCAUACUGAGAGCCUCGAUUGCUUGUCUCAUACCGCGCAAUGAAAUCUCCCAUUUUCGUUCCUGUGACAGGAACCGCUGCCUAAUGUUGAUGACAUAUGGGAAGGUGAAGGAAUUGAAGUAGAGCAAAUGCCCCUUCAUUCGCACCGAUAAUUAGGUGGUCGCUUUUGUAUCUACCAUUAUAUUUUGUGUCCAAGGAAAAUGAUUGCGUGUUUCUGCUACUGGUAAUCCUAAAAGGCUCUGCAGCAGAGUGUUAGCCUUUCUUUCCCAUUUACAUAUCUUGAACCCUUGAUGGAAAUAGUCAACUAAGGAAUGCUUGGGUUUUGUUUCCUUCUUCCCGAGCUUUGUGGA